AACUGGGAGGUGCUUUGGAUGGCACUUGUAGUACUUAUAAGUACAUGUGGUUAUCAUAAGCAGCACACAUUUUGGACACCUGCAGGUAUCGGGAGGACUACAGAAUAGUGAGCACACGAUACUUUUAUAACAUAAUGGCUGAGAAACCAGAUGGAUGUAGUUCUACUUGUAAUCCUAAAAAAAUCUGUUGUUUCAGUUCAGGCCGAGGAGCAUGCUCAUGUAGGGCAGCUGGUGUGCUGUGUACAGAUUAUUGCCCAUGUGGUAAAGAGAGACAGUGUAGCAAUAAACCUAUCAGUAAAAAACCCACUACAAUUGCCAACUCAGAAUCAGAUAAAGUACGUGCAAUGACUAGGAGAGUAGGCACCAUGGCCAUCAGUAAGACAACUACAGAAUCUACUUACUUUAACAUAAUGGCUGAGAAACCCAAUGGAUGUAGUUCUACUUGUAAUCCUAAAAAAAUCUGUUGUUUCAGUUCAGGCCGAGGAGCAUGCUCAUGUAGGGCAGCUGGUGUGCUGUGUACGGAUCAUUGCCCAUGUGGUAAAGAGAGACAGUGUAGCAAUAAACCUAUCAGUAAAAAACCCACUACAAUUGCCAACUCAGAAUCAGAUGAAGUACGUGCAAUGACUAGGGGAGUAGCCACCAUGGCCAUCAGUAAGACAACUACAGAAUCUACUUACUUGGCUAAAACAAGUACAUGUACAAUUGCUUCAGCUACCACACGUGGUGGUUGUAGUUUUGAUGACUUAGUACAUGGCGAAAAAAACUACGUUUGCGAGGCAAGCUACUUAUUAAAUCUGGAAGAAGAGCCAACAUAUGCAUUUGAUGAGACCGAGGAAAAAGCCAAUCAACGAGUAGCAAGGCUAAUAAGACAUUUGAAUGGGAUAUUCAGAGAGCUUAAAAUUCGAGGAAAAACAGUUCAAGAGUUUUAUAUUGGGAAAACGUUUGCACCUAAAUCACAAAGGAAAGGUGUGGUAUAUAAUAAUAUGGAUCCGUCUACAUUUGUAAAGAAGGCAUCAGUAGUAGAUGGUUGACUAAAUAUAAAGGAUUGGGGU